AUGACAAUGAGCAAAAGAUGUUCUGAGAAUGAGGAUGAGGUUGGUCAGAUUAGGACACUGAUUCAAGAGCUGGGUGCACUCUUGGGGAAGUUUAAAUUGUCGGAGUUUAUAUGGUGGAAUGAUCAUGUGAAGAAACUUGAUAUUCCAAAUGAAGACAUUUGGGUCGAGUACCUAAAGUCAGCGCCCUAUGCCAAUGGCACCCCCACUUCGGUGCCCCUCAUCUUAGUUCAUGCGGCAUGGGUCGCCAUCUCGGUCUUGGCAUCCUCAGCACCCAGCUCUUACGUGAGGGCCUUCCAUGAACUCCCAUUUGACAAGACCACCAAGGCACCCAUCCUGCUUGCCCAAGACUGCCAAGGCACAGCCUGCUCUCCAAACAUGGAUCGUCGCCACAGCAGCCCCGCUCACUUGGCCUGCUUGCCUCUCCACAGCGCGUGCCCCAGCGCGCUUAGCUUGAAUACUAGCGGCGCCCGAGGCAGGCCCAUACACCUGCGCGCCUCCCUCUCUCGCCUGACUUGCUCGCCAAGAUUGGGGUUGCCAUUGCUUGGGCGCCCAAUGCCUCCUCCUCACACACUCCAGACGCGUGCACAGCAGGACAGGGCAACUGGUGAGUAUGCUACAGGCUUUGUGGAGAUGGAAUCUGAGAAUGCAGGUGAAGGUGGUAACCUGACUGGUGAUGUAUUGUCAGUUGGGAUGAUGGAAGAUGGAGGGGUAUCUCAAUGUGUGACUCAAAGCAUGGACAAUGCAACCGUCAUUCCUCAAAGUCGAAAACAAAGGAAGAAAAAAGAUAAUGUUUUGAUGGAUGCAAUGACGACAAGUCUUGGACAAAUGAUUAAGGUGUUUGGUGCCUAUGUGGAGAACAGUGGAAACCAAUUGGCAAGUAUUGUCUAUUGGGUUGGGUAUGAGCAAGAUGCAGCAAUAGCACACAGAAACAAACUUGUUGAAUUUCCUAAGAUUGAAGGCCUUUCUAUGCAACACGGCAAUGAGGAGGUGUACAAAAUUGCUUGUGAUUUUAUUAAG